UUUUCGGCGGGCAUACUUGAAAAUUUCACUUGAGACAUGUUUUGCAUAGGAGUGAUGAUAUAUGAUGUAUCUCACAUUCAGCCUUAAGUUACUGCUAUAUAAACACUCCUAUGCCUCUCUGGAUCGAUCUGGCUAAAACUGUCUAAUCUUUGGUAUCUUCAAAGGCCAUAGCCCCAAACAUUCACUUCAUUUAUUAAAAGGUUUCUUGAUUGCAUUUUUUUACAUUGUCACCCCUAGAAAGAUAUGGAUUCACAGGAAGCCCUCACUGCAGGUAGCCUCCCUCCUCAUGAUCAAUCUCUUCCUCCUCACGUCAUCCGACCUUGCGGUGCCUGUAAGACCCUCCGUCGACGAUGCGUCCCAAGAUGCGUCUUGGCACCAUUCUUUCCCCCAAAUCAACCCCUCAAGUUCAUGGCUGUACACAGAGUAUUUGGAGCCAGUAACGUGGUCAAGUUGUUGCAGGAACUUCCUGAGAAUCAAAAAGCUGAAGCAGUGGAUAGCUUGGUCUACGAGGCGGUGGCGAGGAUUAAAGAUCCAGUGCAUGGGUGUGCAGGUGAAGUUUGCCAACUGAAGAAGGUUGUGAGACAGCUCCAGUUGCAGUUGGCUACUGUAGAGUCCCAACUUCUGAUCAACAAACAAUACCAGCAAGAGAGCUUCUCAUGUGACAACAACUCAUUGAUAUGCAUGGAGAGGGAAGAAGCUCAACAACAACAACCCACGUUCCAACAACCCUUACUUGAUGACUUCAUGUUAGGGGCUGUUGAUGGACUAAAGGGAGGCGAGGCGGGCGGGGGGGGGCUCACUGGGAAGUAUAAAAAGGUUUUCUGA